AUGGUAAUAAAAUCUCAUACUACAAUUCCCGUGCCCCAUAUUCUCGCUUGGUCAGAUGACGCGAGUAAUCCCAUUGGCAGCGAAUACAUCAUCAUGCGACAUGUCACCGGCGUGCCACUACGAGAGCGCUGGCUUACCAUGGCCGGAAGUCAAUACACGAGGUGUGUUCAAUCAGCCUGUAUGACGAUGAAGCAGUUGGCAGCACUUGAAUUUCCAGCAUAUGGGAGCAUAUGUUUUGAGAAUGCACCAUUUGACUCGACAUUAAAGAUACCCCUCAAAGAAGGCUUUUGUAUUGGACCACACUGUUCAACUACAUAUUGGGAUCGUAAGUCCAGUCAAACGGAAAAGGGGCUUUCGGUUCUUGCUGGUCCUUGGAAAGAUCUCGCGGCAUAUGCAUCAGGACUCAUAGCCAAUGGUCACUCCAAACUUCCAUCCACCUCCUCCCAAAUCGAUUCAUCACGGCCAUCCUAUUUCGGCACUAUCAAGGAGCACCGAAACCUCCUAAAUUCGGCUCAGAAUUUACUUCAAAAUCUUAUAACGCAACCACAAAUCGAAAAUGCUUCGGUACCAACCCUAAUCCACGCAGAUUUACACACCCGGAACAUAUAUGUUUCGGAUGAAGACCCAACCCUAAUCACAUGUCUCAUCGAUUGGCAAUCGACCUCCAUCGAGCCCGCCUUCAUCUACGCAAACGACGUGCCAGAUUUUGCCGCCGCUCCUGAAAAGUCACCCGAAGAAGCGAAUUUAAGUAACGAACCUCCUUUAUCUGCACAAGACAUCAGAAUGCAGAAAGUUGCUGCAUACUGUAACCAGGCAUAUGAAAUUUGCAUGGAGGCUUUCAUUCCCAAAAUGCGGGUGGCGAGAUCAGUUGAUCAGUUACUCAUCCGACCAUUUCAGUACUCCCACACUUCAUGGAGAGAUAGUGCGACUGUGGUACGGCAGGAAUUUCUGGAUCUCGCAGAGAACUGGAAUGAACUGGGUCUGGCUGGGAAAUGCCCUUACAGUCCUACCCAAGCUGAGCUUGAAAUACAUCAGAAAGAACACAAGGCUUUUGAGCACGUCCAGGAGCUCAAACUAAUGCUUAUAAAACUUCUACAUACGGAUUCUGAUGGAUGGAUACCCAUUGAGCGCUGGGAGGAGACGAGAUGUGCACACAAAGAAAUGUUUGAGCUUGCUCUCGAAACUGCACGCGAAGGUGAAGAUGACUUGAUGACCGAGAAGGAUAUGAAAGAGUUGUGGCCUUUUGAUGAUUGCAAGUCUUGA